AUGUUCACCAAUCCAAUAUACACUCUACCUCCUCUCGAAUUUAAUCAACCAGAACAGCGCUUAAUCCCACCAUUAUAUUUUGGACCGCCUCCUCCGAUGGUCCCAAGAAACAAACCUUCAUUCAACCGUUGCUUUACCCACGAUAUUUUCAUAAGUUCCCAAGAACGUCGCUAUAUCUCAACUCCACUUCAAGGUGCCCCUUCAGGUACUCGACAUAAUAAUGGUCUCUACAAUACCGAAGUAACCACAUUACCACCGCAUGAGCUUACGAAUCCUUUUGUAAGAAAAGCAAAUGAUCGUCGUGGUGGUAUUGUAAAAAAAUGCUUAAAAUAUAGUAUAGACGUUGCUUGUAUUCCCAUUACAAUACCCGAUGAUAAUUUCUCAAGGACUCAAGAUCAACUAACUAUUUUGGAAAAACUUCGAGAUUCUUCCAACAUUUUGAAAUUUUAUGGGCUCUCUCGUGAUGAUAAUCAAUUUUUCAUGAUAUUUGAAUGGGCCGAAUUAGGAAACCUUCUCGAAGUUUAUAACAUAUACGAUAUUUCUUGGAACGCAAAGAAUUUUUUACUUGAAUUCCUGUUUGAUCUUUUAUCAUAA